UUUGGUCAUCGUUUUGGCUAAAAUCUUCUCUCUUUUUGACGUUCAUUCCACACAAGAUACAAAGACUCGCUUCUUCCUCUUUCAACCAUACGAAGCUUUUGGUGGAACAAUGGGUGGCUUCUUGAGAUAAAAAAAAAAUAAAAAAAUCCCUCUUUAGUUUGGACAUGGAUCUGAGCUGAGUUCUCAUUCAUCAUCUUUGUUGGUUGAAUGGCGUCAGAGGAUGUGAGUGUUGUUGCGGAUUCGAAGAAAGAGGAAGAGAAUGUUGAUGUUGACAGUUCCAAGGACAAGAACAUACCUGAGACUCUUGACUUAUCUACCGAGACAACUGACAACGUCAAUGAUAAAGUUCCUGUAAAGGAAGCAGACCUCGCUGAGGCUGGGGGUACUUCAGUGAAGAGUAAAACAGCUAAUAAUAAUAAAGCUGUCAAGAAAAAGACAGGGACCUUCUCUCGUAGCCCGAGGUUCCUUUCUCAGAGCUCUUCAUUCGGAGUUCAUGCUAAGAGCAUUGAUGCAACACCAACAAAGGCUAGUCAUAAACCUGUCUUUGCAAAUGGAUCCAAACCAAAGGCCACUCUCUCUUCAAACAACGGUGUUUCUGCCAAGCGCAACAGUUUAGUAUCUGCUCCCAUCAAAAAGCAAACUAUGCCUGUGAAACCCAUUUCUAAUGAUGUAGCUUCAGUCCCUACUUCCAAAUUAGUGGUAGAAGAAGCUUCUAAAUCCAUUAAAGAUGAAGUUGCAGACAAGAACAAUGAGGAGGUCCCAUUAACCACUGCUGUGGUGGCAGAUAAAGUAUCUAAACCUAUAACAAGCAAGGAAGAUGAUGACACACGUUCAACCACCACUUCAACGGCUACACCUCGUGGGCGGAGAAGCAGCGUUGGGUCUGCCUCUGGAUUUUCAUUCAGGUUGGAGGAACGAGCUGAGAAACGGAAGGAGUUCUAUAUGAAACUAGAAGAGAAGAUCCAUGCUAAGGAAGUGGAGAAGACUACUUUGCAGGCUAAAUCAAAGGAGAGUCAGGAAGAAGAGAUCAAAAGGUUGAGGAAGAGCUUGACGUUUAAGGCUGGUCCUAUGCCUAGUUUCUACAAAGAGCCUCCACCUAAGGUUGAAUUGAAGAAGAUACCAACUACUCGUCCUAAAUCUCCAAAGCUAGGACGCAGGAAGAGUAGCAGUGAUGCAACAGGAGGUGAAACCGGUCCUCGUGUGACAAAACCAAAAGACUUAGCAUCAUCAUCAUCAUCUACCUUGAAGAAACCCAUAACAAAGUCUCAGGAAAAGACAUGGAAGGCUAAAGAAAGGAAAAAUGAAGGGAAGAAAGAAGAAGUGGAGAAAAGAAGAGAGGAAGAGAAGGCUUCUCCCGUGGCUGCUAAGCCCGAAGAUAUGGAACCAAACUCCAACAGCUUACAUGUGAAGGCUGAGAUUAUGGCAAGUGAAGUUGCAGUGGGAGGCUGAUGAAAGAAAAGAGAGCAUUUGGGACUUGGCAUUGAUCUCUUAACCUCUGCUUCUGCUUCUUUUUCAAAAGCAUUAAUGUGAAUAGAGUUGUUGUUGCAUUGCGUCUACAUUGUGAGUUACUCCAUUUCUUUAGUUCUGUUUUGAAAAACUAAGCCUCAGAUUGCUGCAGAUAAAGAUUCAAAGUGUAAUAUAUUUUGAGGAUGGGAUAUGCGUGGAUUUUUGAAGAGUGGAAAUGUAGUGAGUGUGCAAAUGUGUGAA